UUGCCUCUUCCGCUUAACCAGCCAGCCCGCCCGCACGAACACGAGAAAGCCAAGCAAUAGAUUUCCUUCCAGUUCCCAACCUCUUCGCCGUUCACACACUCCCCGUCUCCUCCUCGAUCAGCGCCCGCCAUGGGUGGCCUCAAGCUACGGCGGCUAGCGUCCAGCUUGCUCUCCCAGGGCCCCGCCUCCCCGGGCUCGGCGGCCGACGCGCAACAGGCGGUGGCCCGCGCGACGGCGCACCACCCUUCCACGGCCCCGCCGUCCGCGCACCACAUGGACGCGCUCCUCGCCUUCGGCCGGGGCUCGCGCCUCUCCGCCGCGGCGCUCGCCGCGGCCUUCGUCGACCGCCUCCGCGCCGCGUCGUCGGGGCAGGGGGACGCCGCCGUGGCGCUCAAGUGCCUCGUCGCGCUCCGGGUCCUCCUCGCGCGGGGCGCCUUCAUCCUCCGCGACCAGCUCCUCGCCGCGCUGCUCCGGCACCCGGCGUCCGGGCGCAACCCGCUCGCACUCGCGGCGUUCCCGCUCGGCCGCUCCUCCUUCGCCGCCGCGUCGUGGGUCCGGUUCUCCGCGCGCCUCCUCGAGCUCGUCCUCCUCCUCCCCGGCGACGCCUCCGCCGACGCCGAGUACCUCAUCGCGCUCCCCAACCCGCACCUCAUCGCCGAGCUCGCCGCCUUCGCGGCCGUCGCCGACGCCGUCCGCCAGGCCCCGCCGCCCCCGUCGUCGGGCCCGCAGCCCGACGCGCUCAUCUGGGAGGCCGUCCGGCUCGCCGAGGAGGACCGCGUCGCGGCGGAGCGGAACAUCGCCGCCCGGGUCAAGGAGAUGGGCGAGCGCCUCGACACGCUGUCCCUGGCCGACGCGGUGGAGCUGGUGUGCGUGCUGCGGCGGGUGGAGGAGGGUUCGGCCCCGGCAACAGAGUGCAAGUGGGCGGGGCUGGACGAGGGCGUCGUGGGCGCGGCGCGGCGGCUCCGCGAGCGCGCGGAGGGGGUGGUGCUGCGGAGGACGGUGGAGGAGAGGCGCCUGGUGCGGAGGGACUCCGGUGGCAGCGCGUCCGCGCGCUUCAUCGUGCCGGCGCGCGCCGGCCGCGGCGGCGGCGGUGGCGACGGCGUCCGCUUCGGAUCCACACGGUGGGCUGGCACAGUUUCUGCAUGGCGGUAGCCAAUGUUUGUAGGUUUGCACUUGCAGUUUGCUGUGUAAGUAUCUUAGCUGUAGUGCUCUAGAAUCAGUAUUUCUGAAUUUGAAGUUCUGGCAAGUCUUUCGCUUGUCGCGGUGUUAAUUUGUUUGUUUGUUUGAUCGGAAAUGCAAUGGUGUAAAAAUCAUGCGAAACACGAUUGAAUUGAUGUGCUUGUUGAUACAA